AUGAAUCCGUAUAAGGAUAUUGAAGAAAGUUCUUUCGCAGCAUCACCUCACUUAGCUUAUGAGGACAUUGCUACGAAACUACUUAAAGACCACUACUUCCUGACUGCCUUGGAGCUUCAUACGGAGCUAGUGGAGAGCGGCAAAGAAUUACCACAACUCAGAGAAUUCUUCUCAAACCCAGGCAACUUUGAACAACAUGUUUCUAGGGCAUCCGAUUUUUCUUCAAUGCACCGGACACCAAGUCAAGCCACUCUGGACUCUCUGGACACAGCGAGGUACUCGGAAGAUGGUGGUGGUGACAGGGGUGGCAGUGGAGGGGAUGUUGCAGUCCUUGAAUUUGAGUUGAGAAAAGCAAGGGAGACCAUCAAUGCUCUUAGAGCUAAUCUAACUCAAUUUGCUGAUGGUGAAUCUACAUUAGACAAAAGUUCUAAAGAUUUGUCCGACCAGCGAUCCUUGAAACCACAUGAAAAGAGAGCUUUAAACUUCCUAAUAAAUGAGUAUCUUCUGUUACAAGAUUACAAACUCACUUCCAUUACAUUUUCUGAUGAGAAUCCUGAACAGGAAUUUGAAGACUGGGAUGAUGUUGGUCUCAACAUGCCUCGUCCGGCGGGUCUGGUCUCAUUGUUUCGAGGGAAUACCACCAGCAUGAGUGUGCCCAAAGUAGAUGCGUCUACGGAAACCAGCUGGGUAUGUGUGGAGAUGGCUUGUCAAACUGAACUGGAUGAAUCCAGUGUUUGUGUGAGCUGUCAAGCUCCACUGGACCAAGAGACUGAUUGGAGUCAUGAGCUCCUAAUCCAAGCUGAAGAGAUAGAAUUACUGAAACAAAAAAUAAUAGCUUUAGAGACUGAAAAAUUAAACUUCCAAAAACUGUAUGAUGCUGCCAUUGUUAGUUUGAAUUCCCUCACGAGUCCAGCGUCAGAGGGCAAAGGAAUCGAUCUUCAUAUACCGGAGGACAAAUUAUUAUCUGUGCAAAGGGUGGAACAGGGUUUAGAAGCCAAGCCUUUAACUUGCACAGCUUCGGAGAAUCACUACGGAAGCAGUAACUCCACUCACAGUGCGACACCAGAACAAUUUGAAAUGAUUGAUAGUGAAAAAAAUAGCGCAAUUACAAGAAAAGGUUCAAAUAUAAGUUCGUUCGAGACUGGUGCGGUCGGCGACAAUAGUACCCGGGACUCGCCACUCCGCCGCGGUAGUGUGACCACCCUGGAUGAAACACUGAGUAUCAAUGACGCAGGAGAAUGGACCAGAGUACAUUACGAGUACAAUAGCAUAGAGACUAACAGCAAGGAGUUGUGGAUUGAUAGUGGUAUACCAAACGGGCUAAAAGUAUCGAUACUAAACUGGUGCUGCGAGACGUUGAAUCUGAACGAGCCUCUAGCGAACGAUCUAUUAGCUGAACUAGUGACCAGUGAGAAACCUAUCACUCUGCCGGGUCUACUUACAUUGGUUGCAGACACGCUGCCUCGGGUGAUCCCGCACACGCUGGUGGGUCGGCGCGGCGAGGCGGCGGCGUUGCUGGCGGCCGUGGCGGCGCUGCUGCCGGCCGGGGACGCGCGCCGCCCGCGGGCGCUGCACGCGCUGCUCACACUCGUCAAGAAACCGGACCGCGCCGACACACACACUAUUUGCGAAGCAACCUGUUUGAUAGUAAAAUGGGGAGGCAGCGGUGAGGUGCUAUCAUCAAUAGCCGAGCUUUUAGCCUCGAGGUCCAUAGAGCGACGUAUACUAGCCAGCCAGGUCUGCAUGGCUAUAGCUCCGUACGUUCCAAUAGAACUCUGUACAUCUCUACUCCUGAGCCUCGUGCUACUUAUGUGUGAGUCCAAUGAACUUGAGAUCAGGACACUAGGGCUCAAGUCAGCCUGCCUCAUCUGUCCCGUAGCGGAACAUAAGUACAAUCAACUUGAAAGUUUGAUGUUUAAUUUUCUGAAGGAUCCGGUGGAAAAGUGUGUGAAGGACACUGUUAAUAUAUUCGUGCCUGUCCUCGCUAGGAGCGCUUUGAUGGCUGGUAAAUUCUCAACGGACUUAUGCAGCCGUAUCAUGUCGAAUUUAACGAAAGCGAGCAGUGAUAACGAGUGGAAGUCAGUUCUGUUAUACCUAGAUGUGUUGAGGGUGAUAGUUUUAGCGAAACUGGCCUAUGUAGUCAAUGUACAAAUAGUAAGGGAAGUUACCCUAAACAACUGUGAUAUACAAAGUGUUAACUUGCAAGAAGUAUCUCUAGAACAAGAAUAUUUUAUGGAUCUACAAUGCUAUUUCUCUGAAACUGAGGACGCUAAGUUACUCUUGGUGGCAGCUAAUAAUUUAAUUAAGGAGAAACCUGAUGUUAGAUGGCCGGAGUUGAGUUGGUUUAUUAGCACAUUAAAACAAAUACUAGACGUGGUAUCAAACACGAAAGUUUUGAACCACACAUCGAUAUACGAACUACUUAUAUCCUUGAUCAGUAGUUACGUGGAUAAUUUCGGCGUACCAUUUACUAAGUAUAUAUUAAAACCUAUAUUCAACGAUGUAAUAUCAGAAUUGGAACAUAAGAUGGAAAAGCUACAUCCCGUGAAUGUGGACAGUACCGUGGCAGUCGGUGUGUACCUGGUCACCAUAUUGCCUGUACUCGAUGACAGUGUACAGCAUUCAGAGUUUUUGCAGAAAUGGAUUAUGUACAGCAGUUUACGCGGGCUUCCAGUGAAAAUAUUCUCCGUGCCUUUGAAAUGGGUGGCGGAGCAUAAAGAAGAAUCGCUAGACUUCUAUUUGCAGCAUCUCAGAGAAUUUGCGGCCAGCAGUUGCGAGAGUUCGAGCGGUAGUACGAUCCGCACGUACAUCGCGAGCCUCAUUACAGAACUACUCAACGCCACGGAGCUCGCAGAGAGGGCGCUGGAGAGACAAGUACUGCCGGCUGUCAUGGCGCUGCUACAUGAUGAAGACAUGUCGGUCCGUGAAGAAGCGAUAUCAGCGUGGGGUAGUGUGACGCGGACGUGUUUGAUCCGCGGGCUGGCGUGCGAGGCGGCGUGCUGGGCGCCCGCCCACGACCUGCUGGCGGCCGGCGGCCUGUCGCCGCGGGAGGCCGCGCGGACUGCAGACGCAUUGGCAUUGCUUGUACUGCCCACUGUUGAUAACCAUGCUGUGUCUGAAAAAGCGGUGUCCCUGCUGUGCGCGCUGUGUGCGUGCGGCGCGGCGCGGGACUGCGUGUCGGCGCUCACGGCCGGCCUGCAGCUCGCCGCGCACCACUGUCGACACCACCCCGCACUGCUGCCCGCACUCAGAAAAUUAGAAGAAAAUGUACAAACGCCAGCGUUAUCUCAGUACAAAGCUGCUAUAGAAGCCUUAAUACACAACUUAGUGGGUACUGGAACAAGCGGGGACAUGAUGAGGGAACCCCCACCACGACCAAACACCAACCUACAAGCUGCACAGGAGGUCGGCAGGAGAGUCACGCAGAUAUUCCAACAAUCUAAAUCAAAUAUGAAUUUACAGAACAUAUUUAAGAAGAAAACUUAA